AUGUCUCUCCCCCAUCCCCAUUCCACCUUCCCACCACCUUGCUGCGGCGCCUCCAAAGACCUCCUCCGCUCGAUCUCCACAUCUCUCACCCCUAACCCAACUCGACAUCGAACGCCGCCUCCGCCCCCGCCGACUUCGUCCUCCCGCUACGACGCCCUCAUCCGAGCCCAUGUCGAAUCCCAUCGCCCCUACUCCGCCCUCCUCCUAUUCAACUCCAUGCUCCGCACUUGUUCUCCCGAUAAGUUCACCUUCCCCCUCGCCCUCAAAGCGUGCGCGCAUCUCUCGGCCGUUGACGAGGGCGAGCAAAUCCACUCCAUGAUCGUGAAAUCCGAGUUCGUCCCCACCGAUGAUGUCCACGUAUCCACUUCUCUCAUGCGCAUGUACGCCCUCUGUGGUCGGAUUGAUGCUGCUCAGCAGUUGUUCGAUAAAAUGCCCAAUAGGAACGUCGUCUCCUGGAACACUUUGCUUGAUGGGUUCGUGAAGUCCGGGGACAUCGAUUCUGCUUACCAGGUGUUCGACGCAAUGCCUGAGAGAAAUGUCGUUUCUUGGAACUCCAUGACCGCCGGGUUUGUAAAGAACGAUUUGCCUCGGGAGGCUCUUAUGCUCUUUAUAGAGAUGAUGGUUUCCGGCCUGGUGCCCGAUGAGUACACGAUGGCGAGCGUGAUCUCCGCCAUUUCUGAUCUCGGUCUUCUUGAUUUAGGUCGAAGGGCUCACGGGUAUGUUACUCGUCGCGGCUUCUUGCUUUGCAGAGCUCUCGGCGUGGAGUUACUUAACAUGUAUAUAAAGUGUGGAGACAUUGGGAUUGCUUACCAAGUUUUCUUGAGCAUUUCAGAGAAAAAUGUGAACCACUGGACCGCCAUGAUCGGAGGCUUUGCGGCUCAUGGCCAUGCAGAGGCUUCUAUUCGUCUAUUCUCCGAGAUGAGGAGAUUCGGUGUCGAGCCGAAUUAUGUAACCUUCAUCGGUGUCUUAAAUGCUUGUAGCCAUGGAGGCCUAGUGAAAGAAGGCCUGGAGUAUUUCAACCUCAUGAGAAAUUUGGGUCUCAAACCAAGGAUCCAACAUUAUGGGUGCUUGGUAGAUCUCCUCGGCCGCGCCGGACUGUUAGAACUAGCGAUGAAACUCGUGGGUAGCUUAUCCACAGACCCCGGAUUCAUAGUUUGGAGCGCUUUGCUUGCUGCGUGUGAGAAGCAUGAGAAUGUAGAGAUUGCAGAGAUCAUUGCACAUAAGUUAAGUGCGGCGGAAGCCGAGAAUGGGGGUUGUUAUACUCUUCUCUCUAAUCUUUAUGCUAGGAUGGGAAAAUGGGAGGAUUUCUCAAGAAUGAGAAGGAUGAUAGAGGAGAGUGGGGUUGAGAAGGUUCCUGGAUUUAGUUGGAUUGAGGUGGAUGGUGUUGUGCAUGAGUUUGCUGCAGGCGACAAGUUUCAUUGGAGAAAUCGGGAUAUUUAUCGCAUUUUAGAGGAGAUGAAGCUUAACCUGAGAUCUGCAGGAUAUGAAAAUGUAGCAGGAGAUUCUAUCAGAGAUGGAGAAACCAUUGAUGAAGCUGGAGAAACCCUGGAAGAAGAUUUGAUAUUGGAUAGUUAA